AUGCGAUAUUUUAGAUUUAAACGCACAUCAGUGUUCCAAAAACGCAGACAAAUCCGUAGCGCUUUGCUUAACAACGAACAAUCAAACUCGUUGGAUUUGAAACACGAAAUUGAAUUCCCUUUGAGUAACCCAAGCAACUUGACUAUUUCUGCCGCACGAGAAGUAUUCGUGUUUGACAAACUACUGUCACGCCAAAAUUAUAUCUAUACUCCGGAAUCGUAUGUUCUCGGAAACCUUAUUUUCAUUUCCGAGGAGCUGACCUGGAACGAGCUCAAACUGUUUGAUAAAAUUUGUUUGAAACGUAACCACGUGGACUGUUUGAUUUAUUCGUUCCUUGCUCUGCCAGACGAACUAGUUCAUAUACAGUUUCUCGAGUUUAACAUUCCACGUGCCACGCCAAACUCAAAAAACUGUUCCGCAUACGUUCGCGUGUACAAUCGAAUUCGAACAUUUACGUUGAACGAGGAUGACCCGUACGAAGUGGAACUUUGUGGUUCGUAUGCGGAAAUCCCACAGGACCAAUACUAUUCCUCCUUUGAACGACUCAUUUUGGCUGUGAAAUUGCAUUCAGACUCUGAGAUUGGGGAUUACGGUUUUCUUGGUCAUUAUUGGUUCGAACCGAGAGAUCAGUACACAAUUACCGGGUUGACUAUUCCGGGCACACAGUGCGAUUGGUUUGCCCGGUCCAAAUCGUCCACGUCCGGUAGCAGCGGAGAACCGGGUCGAUCUGGGCGAAUCCAAAGCCCAGACUACCCACAAAACUAUCCGCCAGGAUUGCACUGUCGAUUCCAUUUUAUAGGUCAACCGCAAGAGCGUGUGAUUCUCACGCUACGCGAUGUGGAACUGGCCAACACGAAUGAAAAGUAUGCCUUUUUGCGGAGUUUUCCUGCACAACUUACCUAUUUGCCACUGAUGGAGUGCUGCACGCAACAUCUGCACGGAGAUUAUAUCUUGUUGCAAGAAGGAAAAUUUGUCACUCAGACCCCGUAUACUCAGAACACCACACCGCAGAACAGAACCGCACCGCUUCACCCAGGCAGGUAUAUUUGGCACUAUUGUGGGAAACUGAUGCAAGCUGAAAUAGUGUCAGAUGGUCCAAAUAUGUUACUAACUUUUGUCAGUAAUCAAGAUGGUCAACAGCGGCGCGGAUUUUCUGCUUCCUACAGAUUUGUACAUCGUAACCAAGUUCGUCCGACGUCAGUCCAUGACAGCAAUCAAUUCUUGCAUAUACCAGGACAAGAAUACCAAAUUAUGGAUUCCACUUUUGGUACUCAUUCAGAAUGGACCGAAUCUGGUUCCGUGAAACAUUACAGUUGGCAUGACGGUUUACUAACCGGAACUAUCAUGUCACCUAACUAUCCGGACGUGUAUCCGCAAAAUAUUGAUCAAUCCUAUGUCAUAAUUGGACCUCCACAAGGACAAAUUCAACUGUUGUUCAGCGCGUUCCAUCUCGAUCUCCAAAACCCUUCAAAAUGCACGCAUUAUGGUGGAGAUCGGCUCGAAUUGCGCGUUGGUCCCGAGUUUCACGAACGUGUUUGGGGUGUACUUUGCGGAGUCAUUUUGCCCGAACAGCUACGCAAUCUGGUGAUUCAGCACGAUCGAGUGCGGUUACGGUUUGUCACAGACAAUGUGACCGGUCCGACGGAACUCGGUUUUCGGGUCGUUUACGAUCUGAAAGUGGGGCCUCGUUUUGCGACACCUCAUUUUUCAUCUGCCGUAGGGCAACAGAAUCAUAUCCGUUUGAACAAAGAGCAUAUCAACAAACUGGCCGUACCCCCUGAGAACUACACUCCUGACAAUUGUACAGUCCUGAUUGAUAGCCACGGGGUUGCAAGCAGAGGAUAUAUUCGACUACUCGAUUCAAUGAUUGUACAACCGAUUGAAGAUCAAAUGAUUUCCGACGGGACUCCUCGAAUUGAACGAUGUCGCUGGAUUUUACAAGGCGAGGCGCAUCAGCGUAUUCAGCUCAAAGUGAUCACACUGAAAGACCAAAGAACCGCUACUCGGUCGGAAUACAACAAAGAUAAUUCGUUUCAAAACGAUGAAUUUCAAACUUUAAGAGAAAAUUCCAAAUUGAGCGAAUAUUCAGAUCAGAACCGGUAUGCGAGUUUUCGCGUACCACGCAUAAAGUAA